CAUUUUAAAUUAUUGUUUUGUUUCCCUUUUUCUCAAAAUUCUUCCGAAUAAAGACGAACUGAAGUGGUUUUUGGUUUCAAACUGUAAAAUUGAUAUUAAAAAAAAAAAAAAGUUGUAGCAUUUUAUUGUUUCCCUUUGUCUCAAAGUUGCUCCGAACAAGGACGAACUGGAGUGAUUUCUCAGGAGCGAGGGGCAAAAUCGCUAAAAAUUCCAACUCUUUUUACGAACAUUUCCAACUUAACUUCUUAAAAUUUUGAAACAGAAAAACGAACAUGCCUGAGCGAAAGCGAGAACAGAAGCUUUUAAAAACGUGUGUUUCGAGAAGUAAAAAAACAAUAUUUUUUAUGUAGGGAGAUAAUCUUCUAUAUUUUUUUAGCUUAGAAUUUAAAUCGAUUUUUUUUAAAAAUUGUAAUUGGGAAAUGAAAAAGCAAAUAAGCUUGAUUAGCUCGAGGGCAAAAGCUUUCGAAAAUUCCCAUUUCGAGAAGUAAAAAAAAACUAUGUUUUGUAUGUUUCUUAUGCAUAAGUUUAACCUUUAUUUUUUUGGCUUCAAAUUUUAGAAUUUAAUUUUAUAUAGGACUAUUUACAAAAAAUCAAUUCUAAAAUAGAAAAUCGAACCGAUCCGACUGAAGCGAGGGCAAAAAAACUUUUGAAGAUUCGUGUUUCGAGAAGAUAAUAUUUUUUAUGUGAAUUUAUUUUACGUUCGUCGUCGUCGUGGUUCCUUGUCCUUUACAGGACAUUGGAAAUCGCAUUUUUGUGGUACCCUUACAGGGUGAGGCGAAUGCCUAUUGCCACUGCGAUUAUUCUGGGGAAUCGACGUUGUUUCGAGCUUCCACUAGUAGUUUCCCGUUGCUUUCUAGUGACAUCUACACAAGCACCUUGGAGCUAGCCGGGUAGUUUAGAGACCCUGAGCUCCUCAGUGUUGACCUCUAUAGACGCUCGAACCAGUUUCAGCUUUUUGAUUCUGCUAACAGAUGGCGUGCAUUAUCUGUUAGCUCGGCUAAACUGGUAGUCCCCCGGUACUUGGCGUGUAAUGUUGAUAAUUGCACGAACGAUUUUUUAAUUACACGCACAAGCUUGCCUCUGUAGCUGGGUUUGAACCGGGUACCUCUUGAACGGAGGUCCGCGGCUCUACCUACUACGCCACCGAGGGACUAUACGUUCAAUAAAGUGUAAAUACUUUUUUGAAUUUGAAUGACAGUUCUGUUGAAAUUUCAAGUUUCCGAGAGCAGAAGUUUUCAAAAGUUUAUAUAACUCAAGAAGCAAAACGUUACGUUUACGUAAGUUAUUCAAAUGAGAAAUGAAUUUUUCCACCUUUAGAAUUUUUUAAAACUGUAAAUUCAUUAUAAAUUUCCUUGCUUUAAUAUUUUUGGAAAAUUUUUUGAAUUUGGUCAAUUUUUCAAAUUUUUUCAAAACGUUUUGUAAAUGCAAUUGUUUAUAAUUUUGUCAAAAUCAUAAAAAUUUGCCAAUUUUUUUAGUCAAUUAGUCAACAUUAGAAAAAUUUUUAGUCAGGUCGUCAUAAUGAUAGUUUGCUGUUUUUUUACAGUCAAUUUCUCAAAUUUUUUUGAAAAAUUUCACUCAAGUCGUCAGUUGGCAUUUUUAAGCCAUGAUUUAUUGUGUUAAUAUCCGAUUGGUUUUUACUAGCAAUUCAGAAGUUGGUAAAAUGUCAACUUUGCCAACUUUUCCAACUACACAGGAGAGGCAGGCUGCCCCCUGCCCUUUUUAGUUUCGUCCCUGCUCCUGAAAAACUAAUCUACCAACCAAAUUUAUUAUUAAUGAAAAAAAAAAAAAAAAAAUCAUAAUAACAUUACUACUUACCUACUUAUUUUAUCAGUACAAAAUCGAACUUAAAAUAAAAAUCCACAAAAAAAUCAUUCGUUCUCAUAACAACCUAACUUUAAUUUGUUUUUAAAAGUAAAAAUUGAAAAAUUUACUUUGCUAGCUUUAAAUUUGGUUCUGAGGGUUUGAGGGACCUGGCUCUUUCAAUGCAUUAAAUUUCAGCUCGGUCGUACUUUUUUUUUUAGCAAGAUGUCCUUAUUUUGAUCAUUUAUGUAGUGAAAUUUCUCAAUUUUUUAUUUAAAUUUCAAAUAAGAUAUCCUCAAUUUCAAACCAUUCAAAUUUUCAAAAUAUUUGUUACCUAUCUAGAAUGCCUAUCUAAUCAAAUUUCGUAGAACAUUAGGAAAAUUCUGUUUAUAAAAUUUUUCCUCGUAAAUACAAAUUCAAUUAAAAAUCAACCCAACCACAAAAAACCAGUCAGUCGAAAGACACGUUGUAUUCGCCGAUCGGUCCGAUUUUUAAUACAUAGUACUUCCUAUAGCGAGGAGAUAACCUUGAUACCUUAAGUUAAGCAGUAAGCACAUAGGUAUGUACAGGGUGCCCAGAAAUAUCGAGUACCCCUAAAAAAGUUUUCUACUAAAAUACUUUGGUUGGUCACAGUGAAUGAUAAUAAUGAAAGCACAUGAUUGGUUGUUGGACUGGAGAGAUAACAUUCCACCAAUCAUAUGCAUCUAUUUCACGUUGCCAACUUAUAUUUUUAAUAAAAACUUUCUUCGGGGUACUCGAUAUUUCUGGGCACCCUGCAUCUUGCUGUAUUAAUUAUCGAGAUUCCCUCCUCUUUUAAUAUUUGUAGUGUGAUAGGUAUAUAGUUACACCAAUUUAAUUUUUUUCAUAUUUUUAAAUUAUUUUUCGUUUGUGAAUGAUUAGAAAUACCGGUGAAAAAAAUGAUUAAUUCUAUGAAGCGUUUUAAUAAAAUUUGUGUUUAUUUAAUUUUACUAAAUUUUUGCUCUAAUUAUUUUAGUGCAUCAUGCAUUUCUUCGAGAUCCACGUUUAAAAAUGAACAAAACAUCGAUGAAACAGAAGGAGAAUUUUAUCAAUGUAAUGAUGGAAUUAAUGGGACAUGUAUUGGCGAAAAAUUAAAAUGCGAUGGUACUCGUAUAAGACAUCGCUGCAAUGGAUGUGAUAAAUGGGCAAUGAUGUGUGAUGCACCUUCAGUUAAAAUUGGAAAAGAACGAUCUUCUGGUGAUUAUUGUACAACGCUUUCGCCAUCUCCACACAAAACUACCACAUUUUACAACUAUAAUGGCGAUGGCGAUGCGAAUUCAAAAUGUUACGCUGCAGAUAGAUUGAUUCGAGAAUUUUCUCAUUUUUCGCAGAUUAUCACAUGCAGUCCGAAUUAUAUGAGAUCAGUUUUCCAAGGCGUUUGGUGGCCUUCCAUUGAUGAAUAUUACAAAGCAAAUAAUCGAAGAUUGGAGAAUGCUGAUUAUUAUGGAAUUCUUGUGGAUAAAGUCAGCAGAAAUUACUGCCGAGAAGAAAUCAGAAAUCAAAAAAUUUUCAAUGUUACAGGAUGGGGGAGAGCUGUGUCUAGUGCUGGUGAUUCGAGUGGAAAAAUGUUAUCCUUUACAGAUUUUCAACCAUACGAGUAUAUUACUUUUGAUAAGCUGAGGGCAGGUUCUGAAACAGGUGAAGCUCGUCGGAAGAUGCCAAUCAACAGCCAAGACAAAGAUAGCCUUUUAUCAAUUGAUUAUCAUAUGCACUGUCAUGCUCUGCAUGAUUUCAACAAUCUCAGUCACCAUCCAUUUGUUGAAAUUUCUGCAGUCUGAAGCGCCACAAAGCCUGUCAACUAGGAACCUUACUUUUUACUGCUUCUUCUUAUUGUUGAUCUAUAUUUUUACAAUUAUUCGUUUUGCUUUACUCGUAAUGGAUUUAAAAGAUUACUUGCUGGAUUCGAUGAUUAUCAUUGAACAUCUGAUUUUGACAUCAACGUUUAUAAAAUUCGUUAUUGCUUUGGAUCUUUUCUUGUCCUUCCGUAAAAUUGCUAUCUAUUUACAAAACACUAGUUCUUUGGCUACUCAAAGUGAAAAAUUUAUUAUUUAUUGUCUUCUUGGCAUCGGCAUUCCUUUAUUUUACACAUUAAUUUUUCAUUAUUUAUGUAAUUUUCAGACCGAAUACUUGAUCUCGUAUUAUGGACCGUUUGCUAUCGUGAGAUAUAUUCGUUUCACGCGUUUAUUUUUAAUUAUCGGUGCAUAUUGGUAUAUUAGAUCAGCUAGCAUGGAAAGGAAAGAAUUAUGGUCGAAGUAUGGUUUGCAUUUACGUAUGCUUACGAUGCUAGGUGGAGUUUCUGCUUUGAUAAGCAUUGCAGAGGUUGUUUCAAUUGUGAUGCAUAAAGAUGAGUAUUAUGAGAAUUAUCCCAAAAACAAAGUAGAUGUGACAUCGGUUUAUUUUUUUAUUCAUUAUUUGGGAUGUAGUUUAGAAGGGAUUGUGAUUGGGGUAUUAUUCACAUUCAGAGAAGAAACAUUUCAGCCAAUACCAAUUCCUAGUCCUACUGCUUCUUCCAAUGGUACAUCCCGUCAACAAAUUGCAUAGUUCGUGAAACAUAAAAGCAUUGUAACAAUAGAAUAUUUUUAAAUUUAAAAAAAAAAUUAAAAAAUUAAAAUUGUAAA